AUGACGGGCACAGCGAAGGCAAAAUCAUCGGUUUUGCUGGUAUGUACUUAUGUAAAACCAAUAAAGUAAGUCACGAAGUAGAGAUUACUACGAAUUUGAUAGUUAUACAAUACCUGGAAGUCUUCUCAUUAUAGUUCUCGAAGAACUCGAAUCAGUCACACUUCACGAGAAAAUCUUUUUUUUUAAACUGACUUGUAACUUCUAGAUGCUCGGAUACAGUAAGAAGAAAAAGAAAUGGACAGAAAUGGGGCAAUGGCCUGAUGAAAUGCACUGUGUACUCCCUUACUGCAUGUGGGCUCACGUGCUACCAUUAUCGACAACUCAGCGUUUCAUAGAAGAUGGCGUUCUUGCUAUAACGCACAUAGACUGGUCGACAGGUAAACAAACAUACAUUAUUCCGGACAAAAGAAAAGCUGAACAAUUUAAGACAAACUUAAUGUUUUAGAUCACCUAAUGCUUAAAAAGUUUCACCCUAUUGAGUUUGUGACAGCCGGCUUUGAUUACCUGAAACUUGUCGAUGUUAAGGUGAGGAAGCGGGAUUCUACAGAAGACAGAGUGCGAAAGCAGUUUGAGCAAGUACUACAAGACCUACAGACAGAUGUUACAAAAAGUUCUCCUUCUUAUAAAAUGUGA